CUCUACGGGGGAGACGUGCGCCCGUGCGUGUGCUCAGGUGAACAGAUGGGGGUGGGGAUGUUGGUAUAUGACGUCAACGGAGACCCAACGCAAGGUGAAAGCCCGUCACAACAAAGUUGAAUAAUGACAGUAAUCCUUGCUGUCAUUUUGUUUUUGUUGCAUUUCGAUGCCUCCUAUUUAGCCUCCACGUUUAGCGCACAAACCUAACGCGCGUUAUGCUCACGAGCAUUUUCCUUCAUUUAGUGCAUCUGCGGCUUGUGAAAUCCUUGGCUCUCCUGUGUUGUCGGUCACGCGCUCACACGUGCAUAUACGCACACUCGGAGCUGAGCAUCACGAGAGCCAGAAGCAGCGAAAGCGACUUGAGUGGGGGGGGUGAGACGCGUUUUGACUUCGGUUGCUUAGUCACAUUUUGCUUUGACCGGAGAGGCGAAGGAUGGAGCGGGUGGAAGAGAAACACUGAGCGGGUCCGCGGGAGAAGACAGAGGAAGAAGGCAGGGGGGUACCGACAUCCGGAGUAGAUGAUGCUUAUUUGCCGCAGGCCCCGCCAUCGUGAAAUUGGAUACCGACUUGCGACGGAUGGGGUGACCGAGCUUGCUGCUCCGCCGGGGAGGUCCCUGCCUUCGGACGUUACCGGGGUGGGAGCUGCCUGUGCCCGGUUCUAAGGAAGGAAGGAGUGGCAAGAGGGAAAAUGCAGACGGAGGAGGAGACGGCCACCGCAGAAGAGCCCAUUUUGGAGGAAGGGUCAGGACGAGAGCAGCAACGGCCAGUCCAACAGUCUCUGGCCUCCUCCCUGUGUCGGGAGUCUCAUUGGAAGUGCCUCCUCCUGACCCUCCUCAUGUACGGCUGCUUUGCCACGCUCACCUGGUGCGCACUCUGCCGUGUACCCGUUCUCGGCUCCUCCUCCAUACCUCUCGGUGCUGACGACGAUGCCACCUCGGCAGCCUACUAUAAUGACAUCCUGCACAUGGAGAGUCCGUGCUCUAGUGGCUACGUCUACAUCCCCCUGGCCUUCCUGGCGAUGCUGUACGUGGUUUACUUGGUGGAGUGCUGGCACUGCUUCUCUAAGAUGGCAAUGUUGGCCCAUGCUGAAUUCCAGGAAGUGUAUGAGCGUGUGCAGAGACUUCAGCAGGCCACACCCUGCAUUUGGUGGAAGGCCAUCAGCUAUCACUACGUGAGGAGGACCAGACAGGUGACAAGAUACCGCAACGGAGAUGCAUAUACGACCACACAGGUCUACCAUGAGAGGGUGAACACUCACGCCUCUAGUUCAGAGUUUGACUACGCCCGCUAUGGUGUCAAAGACGUAUCAAAGGAGCUGCUGGACCUGCAACUGCACCCUGCUGUUCGCCUCCGUUUCACCAAGUGUUUCAGCUUCUCCAGUGCACGUGCUGAAGCUGCCUACCUCACCCAGCGAGCACGCUUCUUCGGGGAGAACGAGGGGCUUGACGACUACAUGGAGGCCAGGGAGGGAAUGCACCUAAAGAACGUGGAUUUCCGCGAACACAUCUUGGCAUUCCCAGAUCCUGCUCACCAGCCAUGGUUUUCCAGGCAUAGGGUUUUCUGGCUGGCUUCUGCUUUCCUCCUGUCAUGGCCGCUGCGGGUUGUGUCAGAAUAUCGCACAGCAUAUGUCCACUACCAUGUGGAGAAGCUGUUCGGGGAGGAAGAGGAUAGUGGCGGAGGAGGUGGUGGAGGGGGAAGAGGGGAUGGGGUUGAAGGAGGGACUGAGAAUGGAAUCCACCCAGGAGGGAUCGGGAUUGGAAUUGGGCUGAAUGGGACUAGUUACAGAGCCAUCUCUCGAGUCAAUACGGUGGACAUGACAGAACUGGAGUGGCACAUCCGCUGUAACCAACAGAUGGUCCCGAGCUACUCUGAAGCUCUCCUUAUGGACAUGGACUCAAAUGGGGGGACAAAUCCUACCGCCUCUACACCCAUCUCUGGGCCUCCAUCCACCACCCCCAGCCAGGGGACCAACCCACUUCCUCUAGCUCUGCCGGUGGUGUUCAACUCGGCUUACCUCCUCCAGAGCUGCCCCCGGUGCCGGAGGACCACGUCGAGUUCCAGUCUUCCCUCCAGGUUAAGGGCCCCGAUGGGAACCACAGCCCUCCUGAACGCUACCGUGGCAGGAAUCAGAGCAGCAGGGCAGGGUGGUGGGGGUAUAGGAGGAAGGUUGGUGCUCAGUCGGAGCGGAUUCUCUCUUGGGAGACUUGGAGGAGGGCGCCAGAACAGUCUGUUUCAUUCAAGAAGUAUGGGAGGAGGGCUUGGAGGAAGUAGGGAAGAUGGAGGAGGAGCUGGGGGAGGGGGGGGGAGCGGUGGUAGUGGAGGAGGAGGCGGAGGAUUCCUUGGCUUGGGUUCAAGACAGGACAACGAGGAGACCAGAGGAGUGCUAGAAGGAGAAGGGGAUGAUGACGAGGAAGAGGAUCAGCUGCAGGAGGAGGAGGUCAGGAGAAGGGAAGACAGGGGACACGGAGGCAGAGAGAGGGAUGAAGAAGCAGAGCAAGACAGCGGAGGGGGAGGCGAGGGCAGGGAGGCUGAUGGGGGAGGGAGGGAACGUCCUCCAUCGUACCAGGAUGCAUUCUUCUUUCCUGUCCUCAUUAUACACGGAGAGGAAAGCUGCCAUGCCGGAGACGACAUGUGACGAUAAAAAAAAAUAAACACAUGAAAAGCAAGACAGUAUGGGCAGAGGCCGAGGGAGAUGAAAGAACACACCGAACAGAAAGAAAAGAGUGGAUCAGAGAAGAACUGGAUGAGGACAUGCUAGACCUGAAGAAUGAAUGAAAUGAGAACAGAAUGAGGUUGAAGUUGGUUGAUGGCAUCACCAACUGCAGAGAAAGAGACGAAAGGAUUCAGUCAGAACAAAGUGUGAGAGGUAAGAGCAGCUGUGUGAGAGACAGAAUUACCAAGGAAAUGGGGAGAGGGGGCGGACAGAUGGAGUGCAUACUGUAAAAAGGCCGGCUGGUUCAGAAAGAGAUGAGAGCUGAUAGGGAGUGCUUCAGCAAGAUAACAUGGAGUCUGAGAAUAUGAGUGGAGGCAAGAAAAUCCUUGCAAUCGUAGACUUUGCUACACAAAGAUUGUGAGAUACUUGGGAAGAAUGGAAAGACUGAAAACCUAGGAAUGUCUAUUUCCAGAUAUAUCUAUGCAAGAACAGAAGUGGGAGGACUAACACGUCUAAAGUAAGAGCAGUGGAGAGACUCCAAACAAGCUGAGUGGUGGUGGAGUUUUUUUCUCCCCAAAAGAAACAGAAGUGGAGGAAUUGCAAAAGGGUAUUUUGAAGGCUUGAAGCUUUGGUUUUGAAAAAAUCAAAUCAUAGAGGUGGACUAAAUGUAGGACUCAUUUAAAGAAUGAAAUGCAGAAAGGGGAAAGAAUCCCUAAAUAUUUCAUUUGAGAGAGGAAACGGAUGAGAACACAAAGGAUUACAAAAUACAGAGUAGAGAAGCAGAGAGAAAGAAACAAUGACAUGCAAAAAACAUGCAAGACAGAAGAAGAGAAAAUACAGUUGAGUAUUGGUAUUGGAACAACAGACAAAGAGAAGAAGCUGAAAAUAAAAUGGACACAGUACUGACAGAGAAUUCAUGCAGAUUCUUUAAAGACAAAACCCAAUCAUAAAAAAGAUCAACUCAAGAGGAGGAGAAAAAAAGACCGGACAAAACACCCUCUGAGCAGCAAUCCUGACCUUGAGUCUAGUCAGGAAAUCAAAAUAACAUUCAAGUAGUUCCCCAAGGAAGAAGCAGGUCCCCAUGACAAAUGAGGUCUUCCUCAGGUCUUUACUAUAGAAUGUUACACAGCAUGUGGCUAGCAACCAAAACACUUCAAUAAUAAUAAAAAAUAAAAGAGGAGAACCAGUGAUUUUCUCGCUCUCUCGUCAUGCCAUCUUACUCCUCACUUCACCAUUAGCUUCCCCCACCACUCUGCAGCCAUUACUGAUAUGGAGCUGAUAGAAAAAAACACCAUAAAACGAGGGAGUGAUUGCUUCCUCUACUCAGCUCUACCCCGCUCCUCUUUUGUCAUGCUCCUAUCUGCUCUCCUCCCUCCCUUUUGUCACCUCUUCCGUACUCCUCCAUCCUUCCUCACCCCUCUUUGCAGCGCAGAGGUGUAAUUCUGAGCAACACAUUAUUGUUUUUUAUAAACAUGACCAGUUAUGUUGCAAUGUCUUUUUUUUUUUUUUUUUUUUUUUUUAAUGCAAUUAGCACAUUUCAUUCUAAGUGAAGUGAGUUGUACCAAAAUAGAUUCACUGCAUCCAUCAUUAACUUCCCCUCCUCUUUUCCUCUGCCAUUCUCUCACUUCCGCUCCUCCCUUUCGUCUUUUUAAAGUGCUGGUUAUGUGAUACAUCCCUCUCUGCUCCUGGAAAUGCUGAGAUCAGAUUUCAUCUCAGCUCACUCCACAUAUCUCCUCUAGGCAGAGGAUUUCACCUCUAGGAUCUGAUUUUAAUAACCAGAUAUUUCCCACUUAUUUGACAUUUUUUAUUACCUUUCACUAUUUUGUGUCUGUUUUCAAAGAAACAGAAAGAGAUUUGAACAAAUUGAAUUUAUCCAAUGUGAGGAGAAAAAGAUAUAGCCAAAUUGGCCUUGAUAUACGCAAGUAAAAUGGCUAAUGUCCACCAGUUAUGCCUGUGUAGAUGUGCUCUAGUGUUAAACAUUUGUACCCAAAGAUAGGCUUGUGCAAUAUGAAGAAAAAAUACAAUAACCAGAGAACCUUUCUCCAAUAUCAAUAUCCUAUAUAUCACAAUACUAUAUGUGUUAAAGCAUGGAAAAUCACCUCUUUAUCUCAUUUAUGUCCAUAAUAUUGGACUGCAUGGGAAGUAAAACUUGAGCUAUCAAGCUCAGCUGGCGUUCUCAUAACCAAACAAUUGCUGAUGAGAAUUUGCACUAUUUAAAAUAAAACCAACAAUAUGAUCACAAUGAUCAAUAAUGCCCAGCCCUAUGGUAGAAUAAGUGGCCAGAUUGUGCCAUGCUGCUACCUCCUCCUCUUGAAUCCCCCUGCAAAUAAGUAACAAAGCUCCCUGAAACAUCGCCUCACUAAAAAAAUGUGUAAAAGAUAGCUGGCAUAGAGAUGCAUGUAACCUAAUAACAGCUAGGGUGCAAGAGCUACUAAUAACUAUGUAGCAAAUAUGUCUGCCAUUGCCAAAAAGCAGAGAUCCAUGAUCAAUCAACACAAAUUUAGAUAUUUUAGAAACAUGUAGACAAGAGCACGGACAAGAAUCCACAGGGGUGAAACUCUGUGACUCUGUGUCCUACUUCCUGAGUUAGUAUGGUUUCAUGGAAAAUCAGUCCAGGGAGAGGCAAUGGGCACAGACAACACGACCAUCAGUGCUUUGAUGCAUUAUAUUUUUUACAAAGCACACUAAACCUGCUACAGUAGCAAGAAGCAGUUAGAGUAGUUAGAUGAAUAUGUCUUAACCUUCCCUGCAUAGCGCCCUUCAAAGGUCACUUCAGCCACUUUGUGAUGUUGGAAGGGUCUCCCUCGUUCUCGAUCUGCUUACUUAGGACAUGAUACUGCAAAGCACACUGUAAGAGUGAGGGAAAUGUCUUACAUGAGGAGUUUCCUGAAAAUGGAGCAAAACACGAUGCUUGACGCAAUCUCGAUAGAACUGAUGGACAUGUUAAUGAACAUACGCAAAGGCACACAAAUAUGGAUAUGGUGACAACAACCAGCCAACCUGGACUCAGCAGAGACAGCAGGGAAUGUUAUUUCAAUGAAACUUUCCGGAAGGAUAAAGUAGAGCAUGAGUGCUGACCUGGUUUGGUGUACGGGACACACACACACACACACACUUGCUCUGACACACAUUCACACACUGAUUCUGGCUCACGGAUCUUCUGUUGCUCUGGGGGACAUCAAGCUGAACUGGGCACAAGGAAACUAAUGCACAAAGUAAUUAAUGGAAGAAAGCUGACAGGGAAAGUAAACAGCAACAGGGACAUACGUAUGUCUCUGUAUGAGUGGAGAACUGGAAAAUGAAAAAGACUUGCCUAAACAGCCGCUGGAAGAAAGAAGAGAUUAAAAGACAAUUAUUUUUACAGCUAUUUAUCAUUAUCUGAGUCACUUGACUUGUGGAUCAAAUUGUCUCCAUUAAUGUCCAUCAACAAAAAGAAGUACUAUAAAGCACUGACUCCACCACCUGUGUUCAUUUUAUUUAAUUGCAAGAUGUUGCGUUCACUAAUUUCCCAAUCACUCAAUUUUUGUUUAGUUGUAAUAACAAGGCUUGGACGGUUCUGUCCAGUAUGAGGUUUUGAUCAUAUAGCCUGUUAGCCACUUCAAUUUGAAAUCACAAGAGGUGAGCUUCAAUUUACAAUCUGAUUACUUUUACCUUGCUAUCUCUAAGACUUUGCCCCCAAAUGUGACAAAACAAGUAAACACAAUUCAGUCUGUAAUUUGCUACUUUUAUAUCAUCUGCAUACUUGAGUAGACAUUAUUUCAGGUUGUUUAAGUGAUGUCUAAAAUUCAAAUGCCUUUGUAAGCUAUAGAAAUGUCUCAUGUCUUAACUGAAUUAUUUGUUUUAUUUUUUAUUUUUGUAAAACAGGCAGUGGUCUUGGCUUCUCAAUGAACUUUGGUCGGUGAGCCUCUAGUUCAAGUCUAACUUUGUUUAUUUAUUGUUUUUAAACAGGUGUUUUUCACUCAUGUGUUGUGACUGGAUAUUUAUAUGGUGUUUUAUUAUCUCAAGAGUGUGUCAACCAUGUGUCCUCAGCCGCUUCAGGUGUGCCAAGAGAACUUUGUGCCCAUGAUGUCUUACACAAACACACACACACUCAUGUGCGCUUGCAUGUUUAGUCACAGCAGUAAAGCAGCCAUUAUAACAGCUUAUUUUAGACUAAAGUGACAUUAAUCCAGUACCUGUAAUAGCCCCACACAUGCAGAGUCUUAACAGAAACAUGCACACACUGAAAGCAUGAAACUGUCCUGCUAUGUUGCCUUUUGUGCCCGACGUUGCCAACUUUUUUUGCUCAGGAUUUCAGUUAAUGCUGCACAUGCACAUAGACGUUAGUAGCUGGUACAGGCGGCUGCACCAAGUCCACGCAAUGUGCAAUCUGUGCUGGUGGACUGUGCUAUACCACCAAACAAUUACAUGAGGUGACAAAAGGGUGGAUUUACUCAGGAGCAAAAAUAAAAGAUACCCAUCAAGUGAUCUUUAUCUGCAAUUUUAGUUUGUUGUUGAUGUUUUUGUUAUUUAUUUUGUACAUUGAGUGAAUGGCUGAGGUGCAGCUCAUGUGUAAAUCCACCCAGAAUGUGGCUAAUAUGUUGCAGUAUGUUUGGUUUAACCUGGCAAGCUGGGUUGUGGUCCACUAGGUGGCAGCAAAGCCUUACAUAUUGUGACAACACAGCGCUGUGUGGUACCACAUUUAGAGGAUGAACCAACAGUGAGUCAAGACAGGGUAGAAAACAGCUGCUGUCCUGCUCUCUGUUGGUUGAUACUUAAACAUGUUGCACAUCUGCACACACCCCGGGCAGUGAUGUCAAACCAGCUGAUAAAAAGCACCUGCUAUGACAUUGCUGGUAGAGGCCUGGGCAGAGGUGCAACAAACCUGAAAGCUUAAAACUGCAGAGGGCAGUGCUGGCCUAUGUGAUUGUGCAUUUAUCUUCUAAGGGUCCGCUGAUUUUGUUAUUUUCCUUCAACUGUGAAAGUGUUGCGAAGAAAUGUUGCCCAUAUCCCUGCUUUGUGGCUGGACUUACAUGUGUUGCUAAGCAGCUUUCUGAACUUAUAACCACAAGCAAUGGGUGCUUCAGUCCUUAAAAUGACGGCACUGUUAGAUAAAGGCAAUUAGCAAUUUGUGACUGAGCCUCCAUUUCCACUGCGUAACUCAUUGUCUGGCUGUGUUGCUCUAUAUGACACAAAGAUACAAAUAAAAUGAGAAGUCAGGGGGUUUGCUUUGUGAUCAACAUUUUGAAAAGACCAUUCUAAAAUACACUUUCUUAUGCUCAAAGUUAACGUGAGCACAAACUUCUGCUCUUUUCCACCUUUUUAGCAUCAUCAUCACUGUCUUAUAAACUGCUCUAGCAAUUAUGACCAAUGUAUUGGUGUCAAUACUGUUACUGUUUCUCUUGUGGUCAUGGGACGGGAGAGUCAUACCAAGUUUGUCAAACUGUAAAAAAAAAAAAAAAAAAAAAAAAAAAAGGUUUUAGAGUUGGUUUGACCUGACAUCACAUGAAUUCCAGCUGCAUUUUCAGUUUUAGUUUUCAGAAACACUUGGUUAGACUAAUGUGGAUGCUACAAACUAUCAGGUAACAAAUAUAAAUCUGUGAUCAUUGACUGUUAUUGUACCAUUAUUAACAUUAGACUAUCCAAAUGAAGUCAAAUUGCUAUUUCCAUAGGCCAUCUUAAUUAAGUAAAAACUGACCGAUAAACAGAAACCAUGGUAUUCUUUUGACCUCUGACCUCAGACACUUUAGCGUGACUCUACAUGCAUUUUAAAGACUAAACUAACAGCAGCUUGGAUUACUGUCUGUUAUUAUCCAAAGGCACUUUUUUGCUGCACUUUUAAAAAUGAAUAAUUGCAGUUUUCCAUUGUGCAAAAACUAUUUUGUACCUGUACUGAGCCUUGUAUAUGCGUGAUACAGUGUCACCACCCUUUUUGUUUUUGCACUGGAAUAAUGAGCAGCUGCGUGUUGUCGCAUAUCCUCGAUGCAAUAACACGUCACCACCUUUAGGCGGUGGUCUCUUGUCCUGAAUUGGACACACAAAAAACAAAAAAACAAUAGCAUUUUCUGAUCAGGGUCAGAUUAUAGUUGGGGUCAAUUUUAAGAAAUGUGGUCAUGAUCAGGUUUAGAGAUGCAGUAGCUGAUCAAGUAGCACCUUGCUUAAAUAUGUUCAGUGUCACCUGAUUGUUUGUUGAGUAUCAUCAUUGGACUGUAAUGCUAUAAAAAGCUGUAUACAUGUAAACCUGUGACUUAGCUGGUCAAUGCAGUGAGAGCCCCUGCACUCUUGGCUCCAGCCUCAGACGAUGAUGAUGAUCACGUCACAUGGCAUUUCAGGAUACUCGUGUCUUGCAAAAUAUUUAAUGCGCUGGAUUACCUGUGAGCUGUCGAACAAAUGAAUUGUUAACCACAAUGUAGUUGUUAUGUACAUGCAGCCUCUAUGGAGUUUAAACAAUAAUGUCACAUACGACGCAUUAUUGUCUUACACCGUGAUUUGUAAAGCCAGGAAUGGGCUUUCUGUUCAAGCACCGUCGAGCAAAAUGUCCUCAGUAUUUAAGCUAAUUAAUAUGUAACUGAUAAUGAGAUUGCCAAUAUCACACCAGAUUAUAUAGCUGUUGUCACUGGCCUGUUUAAGAUAAUGUAAUUAUUUCAUUUGAGUGGAGGUAAUGGAGCUGGUGGCAAUAACACUGUUAAGUGAUGCGGUCCUGGCGAUGAUGAUGACAAUUAAUUAUGGAAGAUACAAAUAAAGUCAAUCUGCUUGGUA